AUGUCAGAAGAAACCCAGGACAAUAAAGAACAACCUCAACAGUCACAACUGGAUUCCAACCAGACAGAGUCGCAGGCUUCUCAGCAAGAACUGGACCAGUGGAAAGCUAAAAUGGCCGAAAUGGAGGCCGAAGUUAACAAACUGAGAGAACUUCAAGGACAACAAGAGGUUGGAUCUAGGCCCGAAAACGGAGUAGGAACAGCCAAUUCGGAUUCAGAUCCUAAGUUCCUAUCCAUAGAAGAGAGACAAGAAAUUGACAGCAAAAGUAUAUACGUUGGCAACGUUGAUUUUUCAGCAACUCCAGGAGAGUUAGCGGAACAUUUCAAGACUUGUGGUACAGUUAACAGAGUCACCAUUUUGAUGGAUAAGGUGACGGGAAGACCUAAAGGGUUUGCAUAUGUGGAAUUUUCUGACCCCAGUUCUGUAUCAGAAUCAUUAGUGCUAAAUGAUUCAGAGUUUCAUGGUAGAAACCUAAAAGUGGUCCCAAAGAGAACCAACAUGCCUUCAUUCAUGGUGAGGGGCCGUGGACGAGGUCGUGGAGGUAGAGGUUCAUUUGGACCCAGAGGACGAGGCGAUAGAGGUGGGCGAGGCGGUAGAGCUAGAGGAAGAGCAAGAUUUGUACCUUACUGA